UCUAAUCAAAAAAUUCCAAAAUCUUUGGAAAAAGUGGUUUUGCUAGACCAUGACCCAGAUAACUUAUCACCCGAUUUGAAUUUGUGUAGUGAUCUUGGUAAUGAUGAAGCUCCAGGAUUUAUAAUAAUAGCUGUAAAAUUGGCAAGUAGACUAAGUUGGUUAAGCUAA